AAACAGCUGGCUCAAUCUCCUCCCUUUCCCAGCUAUAUAGCUAGCUAGCUAGCCAUCCUUUGCUCCUCCAAAGCCAGAAAGCCUCAACUUCCGUUACUAAACCCGCCGCGUUAACAGAAACGUACGCAAAGAACACACAACACAACACAACCACCAAUGCAAACAUCCUCAAAAUCGCCGUCAAACAUGCCUGACGAACAAGAACUCCCCAUCUCAACCGCCACUACAACAACGACAACGGCCACCGAGCCGAAGAAGCUAUCUCUCGUUCCUCUCAUCUUUCUGAUCUACUUCGAAGUAGCCGGUGGCCCGUACGGAGAGGAGCCCGCGGUGAAAGCAGCGGGACCCCUCUUGGCCAUUAUUGGCUUCCUCGUCUUCCCCUUCAUAUGGAGUAUCCCGGAGGCGCUUAUCACGGCGGAGCUCGCCACCUCGUUUCCCGGGAACGGCGGCUUUGUUAUCUGGGCUGAGCGCGCGUUUGGUCCUUUCUGGGGCUCCUUAAUGGGCACGUGGAAGUUGCUGAGUGGUGUCAUCAACAUUGCUGCCUUCCCUGUUCUUUGCAUAGACUACAUGAAGCGAUUAAUCCCUGCUUUGGAGUCUGGCCUCCCCAGGUAUUUUGCAAUCUUGGGAUCGACUUUAAGCCUUUCGUUUCUUAAUUAUACUGGUUUGACUAUUGUUGGAUAUGCUGCUGUGGUGCUUGCUUUUGUUUCACUUGCUCCGUUUAUAUUGAUGUCCCUGAUUGCACUCCCCAAGAUUCGACCGCAUAGAUGGAUGAGUUUGGGACAGAAAGGUGUUGAGAAAGAUUGGAACUUGUUCUUCAACACCCUUUUCUGGAACUUGAAUUUCUGGGACAAUGUCAGUACUCUGGCCGGAGAAGUUGAGAAGCCCCAGAAAACUUUUCCAAAGGCUCUUUUUGUUGCAGUGAUUUUCACUUGCGUGGCGUACCUGAUUCCACUUUUGGCUGUCACUGGGUCUCUUCCUCUUAACCAAAACGAAUGGGAAUCUGGGUUUAUGGCCCAAGCUGCAGAAUUGAUUGCUGGGAAAUGGUUGAAAGUCUUUCUUGAGAUUGGUGCUGUGUUAUCAGCAAUUGGGCUGUUUGAAGCCCAAUUAAGCAGUAGUUCUUUCCAAGUUCUUGGAAUGGCUGACAUAGGAUCUUUGCCUAAGUUUUUUGGUCUAAGGUCUAAGUGGUUCAACACACCUUGGGUUGGAAUUUUGAUAUCAACUGUGAUUUCACUAGCGGUUUCAUACAUGGAUUUCACAGACAUCAUAUCCUCAGCCAAUUUCUUGUAUAGUUUGGGCAUGUUGUUAGAAUUUGCUUCGUUUGUUUGGUUGAGAAGGAAGCUGCCGACGAUGAAGCGGCCAUACCGGGUUCCGCUGCGGCUGCCGGGGCUGGUGAUCAUGUGCUUGAUACCAUCUGGGUUUUUGGUGGUGAUAAUGGUUCUUGCUACCAAGAAAGUUUAUCUAGUGAGUGGUAUAAUGACUGUUGGUGGGAUUGGAUGGUACUUCUUGAUGAAAUUUUGCAAGGCAAAGAAGUUGUUUAAGUUCAACGUUGAUGGUGAAGUUGGAGUUGAAGAAAAUGGCCAUUCAUGAUGACCAUUUCACAGGACAGGUUGAAUCUUUCAAGAUUAGUCUCAUCAUUAGUGAAUUGUUGUAAUCUCUAGCUCUAUUUGUAGCUACUUGGGUUUCUUGUUAAUUGUUAUGGAGAAAUUAACUUGAACAAAACAAAGCUCACAAAAUCAGAGCAUCUCCUGUAGCAGUAGCAGCAGCAGCAAUUGUAAGGAACUCGAUCUGCUUUCUAAUAUUUUGAAGUGUGGCUCAUAUAUCUUAUAUGAGCAUGCAUGUGAUUUAAUUAAACACAAA